GUUUGCAGGGAAUGCUCCGCGAGUAGCGUCGUUUCCGUUGCUGGCUGUUUGCAGUUGGGGAAACCGAGGCAGCUCCAGCUCCCCCUAGUUCUUCCGCUCCUGUGAGGGCUUCAGUUUGUAAGCCAUGUGCAGCGCGUUUACUCGCUGACCUCAGCUGGUAAUGGCCCAGCUGCAGCAGCUCAUCCACGGAAGCUUAAGAAGAACUUAUUAUGAAAACAGUUGAGAUGUUUGGAGUAUUUUAAUUGAUGCUUAGUUGGGCUGAUCAGUCCUACUUCUCAGAGUGAGAAGUUACAACAGGAAGCUGUGAAAUACAGUACAAUCGAUUCAAAACGGCAGACCAUCUUACUAUCAUUCUUUUAAGCCAUUAGAUGCCUAAUGAAACGAUCACAAAACACAGUGAACUAGUUAAUAGAUGCUAAAAAUAAUUUGACAUUUGGAAAAAAUGUUUCUUUCUUUGUGGGAGUUCUUCUACGGGCACUUUUUUCGAUUUUGGAUGAAAUGGCUCUUACGACAGAUGACUGGAAAGUGUGAAUUACAACGAAUUUUUGAUACCUAUGUAGGCGCACAAAGGACACACAGGAUAGAAAAUUCUUUGACCUACUCCAAGAAUAAGAUUUUACAGAAUGCAACACAAGUAGUUGAGAGUGAAGUGGACAAAUGUGUGGAAGAUAUAAUGAAGGAAAAGAAUAUUAACCCUGAGAAGGAUACCAGUUUUAAAAUCUGUAUGAAGUCAUGCUUACUACAGAUAACUGGUUAUAAACAACUCUAUUUGGAUGUUGAAAAUGUGAGGAAAAGGCCAUAUGAUUCUGAUAAUGAACAACACGAAAAGCUACUCCUGAAGCUUUGGAACCUCCUCAUGCCCACGGUAAAGCUGACAGCCAGGAUCUCCAAGCAGUGGGCCGACAUUGGUUUCCAGGGUGAUGACCCCAAAACAGACUUCAGAGGCAUGGGCAUACUUGGACUGAUCAACCUGGUGUACUUCAGUGAAAAUUACACCAGGGAAGCUCAUCAGAUCCUUUCCCGCUCAAAUCAUCCAAAAUUAGGGUAUUCUUAUGCAAUAGUUGGAAUCAAUCUCACAGAGAUGGCUUAUAGCUUGCUGAAGAACAAAGCUCUGAAGUUUCAUCUGUACAACUUUGUUCCUGGUGUGCCAACAAUGGAACACUUUCACCAGUUUUAUUGUUAUCUGGUCUAUGAAUUUGACAAGUUUUGGUUUGAAGAGGAACCAGAAAGCAUUAUGUACUUCAACCUAUAUAGAGAGAAGUUUCAUGAAAAGAUUAAAGGGCUCUUAAUGGACUGCAACGUAGCACUUACUUUAAAAGUAUAAACCAUCCUUAGUAGCUUCUAUUUCUACCACAUUUUGCACACACAACAGAAUUUAUAUGUUGUAAUAGAAAUUAUCUGAUCAAUUACACUCAUAUAAUUUCCUACAAAAAUACUUCAGAAAUAUUCUAUUUACGAAAGCUAGUGGACAAUCAGUGUAUGUUUACAAUUGUUUAUACACUGUUUUCCAAAGUUAACCUUAUCCUUCCAAAGAUCCCUUCUGUACAUUCAUGUGAACUACAGUUUGGAGCUUGGGAUUUAGUCUGUUAGUAUAAAAGCGUAAGUCAGGUAUUUACAUUAAAUUGAUUGAUUUAAAUGUGUAAAAAUCAGUUUUCAUUUUUAUGUGUUGUAACUAUCAAUUGGUGUCUUUUUCAAAGCUCUUUAAAUUUUUUCUCAUUAGUCUGCAAAUGACUGGUUCUAAUUUGUUUUGUCUUUUUAUUUUUAGGCUGAUUAACAGCAAGAGCAGUUGUUUGCUUCCGGUGGGUUUUCUGUUUCGUUCAGGUGGCGGUGCUGGGGUGGAGCGCAGGCCUUCCUGCACACUGCGUGGCCCUCUCCCCGAGCUGCAGCACAGCCUGAGCGUAGCUCUGCGUGGCUUGCUUUGUUUGUAUCUCAAUCACUUAUCAGAGGCCACUUUAUAUUAGUAAUAACGAGUAUAGAGAUGGCAGCCAGGAUAAAGAAGGAGGUUUUCCUUUGUGGAGAUAACUGGAACAUAACAGUUAAUGAGAGAAUGGCAGUGUUUCUUUGUUUUUAAAUAACACUUAAAAUGUUGAUGUUAUUUUAAACUUACAAGGCAUUUCUCAUCUUCAGAACUUACUUUUUUCAGUCGUAAGGAAAAAAAAAAGCCUUACUUGGUGCUUUAGUGUGAGGGCCUCCACCUGUGUGGUUAAUUAAAAGAGAUGUAUUUGCUGAGAAAAUUUUGAUUGUGAUCAAAAGACAGUUUCUAUUAAAAUAAAGCUGUCUUUUAAACAAGAAAAAGGUACUUAAAAGCCUCAGUUAAACCCCAUUGGUUUAUUUGACUGUUAACUUUUGCUUUGACUGCGUGGCAUUUGUAGAGUGGUGGUGUACGGACCUGUGUUAACAGUCUGGGAUAAUAAAGCAGCUUGAGACUGAUGACUGUGCAUUUGAUAUAGCUUUAUUCUCCUUAAAUCUCAGGAGGACAGCAAGUGCUGUCAAGGAUUAGAUGAGAUGAGACUAAUGGGAACAAUUUCUUUUGGUGUGUUUGGAAGUUGUUACUCCUAGAAAGGCUAAAAAAGCUUAUAGCCAGGUGUGAUAGUACAUGCCUAUGAUCCCAGCACUCGGGAGGCUGAGGCAGGAGGAUUCCUACAUGCUUGAGGCAAGCCUGGGCUACGUGAUGAGUGCAAGGACAGCCUGAACUAUACAGCAAGACCCUGUCUCUAAUAAAACAAAACCCCGAAGCGCCUCAGGCCAGGAACGUUCAUCUCAUUACUCUGUGCUCCUGAAGCCCUUCAGAACCCACUUGUUAAGAGACAUGAUUUGCAGCAUGACAUUUUGCGCGUCUUUCAGUGUGGUGUCUAGCGGGUGUUUAAGGCGCAGCCUGCACGGACGCAGCGCACGCUGUGCUCCUCAAGUCGUUCGCUGUGGCAGCCCAGCUCUCCAGUUGGAUCAGAAAGAAGCACGAAAUGCCCGAGUGGGAAGUCACAGAUGCAGCAUUAGAACUAUUUUUUUCUCAGUAAGAUAAAACUAUUUUUAAAACUUUAUUCAUUUUAUUAUAAUAAUAGAAAUUUAACUCUGCAGUAUUACAGGAAUUUAAUAAUUUCUGAUAGACUUUUCAAUCUUGGGAAUAUCCUCACUUAGUUUUUUAAAAAUAUUCUCACGAUUUAUUGUCCAGCUAGAGCUUUAUGAUGUGUAGCAAAAUUCUAAUAAAACAAAUGUUAACCAUUGGUGUUCAUUGUAUUGAGGUGUUGACUAGUCUGUGGUAAGCAAUUGUUGGCAUUCCAAUUUUGUGCUAAAAAUGUUUAUCUUUCAACAACAGAGACCUUGAAACUCAUUUAAACCUUUGUUACUAUAUGUAUUUAAGAAAUACUGGAAGUAUGGAAAAAUAGCCUGUUAAGUCUUUCCUUUUCAAGGGAGGGGAAAAAA